AUGAUAUUUGGUUCUGGUGCGUUCCAGUCAAUUUCUUCCGAAGUGAAAGAUUCGUCUGAUUCCGAAUCUGUUAGCAUUAUACCAAUUGUUACCCAAGAAGAGUACAAAAGGAGGCGUAAACUAAGAAAACUAUAUUUGGAUAGUAAAUGGUAUACUUUUAAACGAGUUGCAUCGCAAUUCGCAAGUAAUUCAACACCAAAUACCACUUUGACGUCCACUCUGUACAACACAUGCAAUGCUACAACUGAGGUGCCGAUUACAUGUGCAGAGAGACGUAGAUUAAGGAAGUUAUAUUUGAGUAAUAAAAGAUCUAUCACACCAAGCGGAUCAAGCUCCAAACAAAACUUAUCUUCGUCUGCUGAUCCUAAAUCCAUAGACACCAACACGCACAAUGUUACACGUACCCCCUCGGUUUUACCUACAAGUAAUGUUGGUUGUGUUAGAAGUAACUCUGCUCCUCAUACAAACAUUGUUCGCUUUUCCUUAUCUUCAAACCUUACGGCAACGAAUAGUAUAUCACCUAUUCUUCAAAAGUCUACUAUACCAAGACUAUCUCUGGGAAAUUGUAAAUUAGUACGCAAAGCACGAGUUACCUCUCCUAUACCAAUGAUUGAUUUGUCUACAGAAGAAACUAUAGUUGAAGAUCCAUACAAAGGUGUCUCACAAGAAUAUUUGGACCAUGGUGACCAGUGUAUUACAUGUGACGUAUGUAAUGCAAAGUUAUGGGAUUCAGAAAAAGGCAGGGGUAAACACGAGGAUGGAAAAACGUCCUAUUCCUUAUGUUGUGGAUACAGCAAGGUUGAGCUUCCGGAUUAUAAAGACACACGACCAAAUUAUGAAAAACUUUUUCGGUGCGUUGAUAAAGAAAGCAAGCACGUUUUGAAGAACAUUCGACGUUAUAACUCUAUGUUUGCUUUUACUUCAAUGGGUGGUAAGGUUGAUCCGACUGUUAAUAGAGGUAAUGCCCCCUUUUGCUACCGAAUCAGUGGUGAAAACUAUCAUACCAUUGGGAGUCUCUUGCCAGAAAACGGAUCAAAACCUAAAUUUUGUCAGCUCUACAUAUACGAUACUGAGAACGAACUUUCAAAUAGGCAAUCCAUAUUUAGUUCCUCAAAGGAUGCAUCUUCGUCGUCUGCUGCCGCCCUUGAUCGUCAAUUGAUUGAACAUAUAAAGGAUGUUUUAGACACAGACAAUCAGCUGGUUAAAAGUUACAGAAUGGUCAGGGAUUCUUUUCAAGAUAACCCGCAACUAUCUCUAAAGUUACGCCUUAUUGGAAGAAGGGAGAAAGAUGGUAGGACGUAUAACCUACCAACGGCUGGUGAGGUCGCUGCUCUUAUAGUUGGAGAUCUUGACAGCGCAAUUGACAGUAGAGAUAUUGUUGUGGAAACCCAAACAGGUGAUCUAAAACGAAUAAGUGAAUUGCAUCCUUCUUAUCUUGCUCUUCAAUAUCCGAUUUUGUUCCCUCAUGGUGAUGAUGGUUAUAGAGUUGACAUCCCUCAUAGAGGUGUCGUAGAUGUUACCAAUAAGAAGCGGCCAAAUUGUACUAUGAGAGAAUUCUUUGCGUAUCGUGUUCAAGAUAGGAUUAAUCAAUUUUCAUUGAUUCUUAAUUCAAGGAGACUAUUUCAACAAUUCUUGGUUGAUGCAUAUACGAUGAUUGAGACUGAGAGACUCAACUAUAUACGUCAACAGCAAAAGAAUCUUAGAUCAGAUACAUAUGAUAGUCUUCAAAAGUUAAGAAAUAACGAUCAACAAGAUAUAUCUAAGGCUGGUAAAAGUGUGAUGUUGCCGUCUUCAUUUACCGGCGGUGCUAGAUAUAUGAUGCAAAACUAUUUAGAUGCCAUGUCUCUAUGCAAGUGUUUUGGUUAUCCCGACUUUUUUAUAACCAUCACAUGCAACCCAAAAUGGCCGGAGGUAACAAGGUUUCUUAGAGACACCACACUUAAACCUGAAGAUAGACCAGAUAUUCUGUCAAGAUUAUUUAAGUUGAAAUUGGAUGCUAUUUGCAAAGACUUAAAGGAACGCCAUCUAUUGGGAAAAGCUGCCGCAUUUGUUUACACUAUCGAGUUUCAAAAACGUGGAUUGCCUCAUGCACACUUAUGCUUAUUCAUGGAGAAUGAAUAUAAACUUCCUACAGUGGACCAUGUUGAUGCAUUUAUAUGUGCUGAGAUUCCAAACAGAAAUGACGACCCGGAGUUAUACACACUUGUGAAAGACUAUAUGAUUCAUGGUCCAUGUGGUCUUGCUAACCUAAGUUGUCCAUGUAUGGUUGAUAGAAAAUGUUCGAAAGGCUUUCCAAAAAAGUUUCAAGAUCAUAUGACAUUAGAUUCAAAUGGAUUCCCAGUGUACAGAAGAAGAAACGAUGGGGAUAACCAAAACGAAGAACCAUCAAAAGAUGAGAUAAAAGAGUAUUAUGAUUGUAGGUACAUCUCAGCUUGUGAGGCAUCUUGGAGGAUAUUCUCUAAUGAAGUACACUAUAGGUAUCCUUCUGUUACAAUGUUACCUUUCCAUCUUCCAGGACAACAAAAUGUCGUUUUUGGUCCUGACGAAGAUAUAAAUUCCGUCCUUAACAAACCAUCUGUGAAAGCGUCAAUGUUUUUGUCUUGGAUGGAACGUAACAAAGACCCGAAUGACACAGUGGCCCGUACCCUUACUUAUGUUCAGUUUCCAAUUUUUUAUGUAUGGAAGAUUGAAAAUCGUUGCUGGGAACCUAGACAAAAGGGAAAAGCGAUUGGCAGAAUUCACUCUGUAUCCCCUUCUUUUGGUGAAGCAUAUUUUUUAAGGAUUCUUCUUAACAAAGUCAAAGGGCCAAAAUCGUUUGCGGACAUUAGAACCGUUAAUGGUCAUGUACACGAUACCUUUAGAGAUGCGUGUUACGCACUUGGUCUUUUGGACGAUGACACAGAGUACAUUGAAGCAAUCAAGGAAGCAAAUGAAACAGCAACAUGUUCAUAUAUUCAUGUUUUGUUUGCAAUGAUGUUGUUAUCAAAUACUCUGUCUAGACCUGAGGUGGUAUGGGAAAGCACGUGGAAAUAUAUGACGGAUGACUUUAUUUACAGAUUAAGAAAAUUUCAUCAAUCAGAAGCUUUGUUAGUUCCUGAGGACCACCUUAAAAACUAUGCUCUGGGCGAAAUAGAAAAAUUUUUACUUCGGAAUAACUCAUCUCUACGAAGGUUUUUAACAAUGCCAUAUCCUGAUGAAGCGUCUUCAGCUGAUUCACAAAAUCGCCUAAUAUAUGAGGAGCGUUGUUACACCCAAUUAGAUCGUGGAAACGAGUACGAAAGGCAAAUGAGUAUGCUAAACGAUGAACAACUGUCUGUUUUUGAAGAAAUACUGAAAGCCGUUGACGGUGACGCAGGUGGUGUAUUCUUUGUCUAUGGAUAUGGUGGAACCGGUAAAACAUUCUUAUGGAAGACAUUGUCUGCGACAAUUAGAUCUAAGGGUCAAAUUGUAUUAAAUGUCGCAUCAAGUGGAAUUGCAUCGUUGCUACUGACUGGGGGCAGGACUGCACACUCCCGGUUUCAUAUUCCUUUAAAUCUUACUGAGGAUUCAGUUUGUCAUAUAAAACCAGACAGUGACACAGCUAGAUUACUAUGUGAAACCAAGUUAAUUAUAUGGGAUGAAGCCCCAAUGGUUCAUAAACACACAUUCGAAGCUUUGGAUAGAACGAUGAAUGACAUAUUCAAUAUGGACACUUCCAUAGGUUCUGAAAUUUCAUUUGGAGGUAAGUUGCUAAGGCUAACAAAAAACUUGAGAUUAACCAUUGGACGCUCUACAUCUGAGAUUGAAGAUAUCAACAAUUUUGCCAAGUGGCUUUUGGAUUUGGGUGAGGGAAAUGUUGGUUGUCCUAAUGACGGGGAAGCAUCAAUUCAAAUACCACCGGAUCUUCUAAUUAACGACACCUCUGAUCCGAUUUCAUCUUUAAUUGAUUUCGUGUACCCUUCAAUUUUAGAUAACUACAACAAUCAUAACUACUUUAGCGAGAGGGCUAUACUUGCGCCUAAGAACGAGGUUGUGCAUGAGAUAAAUGACAGGUUGUUAGCGUUAUUCCCAGGCGAAGAAAGAGAGUAUCUAAGCUCCGAUAGUCUUUGUCAGACUGAGAAUCCUAAUUCAACACAACUAAAACUAUACUCACCAGAUGUGUUGAAUGGUCUUAAAGUAUCAGGUUUGCCUAAUCACAGGUUAGUACUCAAAGUUGGUGUGCCAAUAAAAAGAUUAUACAACCGUGUCAUAGAAGCAGAAAUCAUAUCUGGAGGAAAUAUUGGCACUCGCACCUACAUACCGAGACUUAAUUUGAUACCUUCAGACAAAAAGAUUCCUUUUGCGUUUCAAAGGAGGCAAUUUCCGAUAGCUGUGUGUUUUGCAAUGACUAUCAACAAAAGUCAAUGGCAGUCGCUAUCAAGGAUUGGUCUGUACGUGAGACAACCUGUUUUUACGCAUGGUCAGUUGUAUGUGGCUUUAUCAACGGUAAAAUCCAGAGACGGAGUCAAAUUGCUUAUAUUAGACAAGGACGGCAAACCUACCGAUAAAACAUCAAAUGUUGUUUGUAAGGAAGUGUUUAACAAAUUGUGA